AGUUGUCAGGCUGCAUGCUUGUGUGGAAGCUAGGAGAGCAGAAGCUAGGAGGCGUAAUGAUCCGCCCAGAGGAGAGGAUGUAGACUCAGUAUGUACGAUAUAUGUAUGUGCCCUACUUUCUGAUAGGGACUGUCUGUCUACCAUGUAGGAUUUCACCUGGGCCGGUCAUCUGGACAUCUGACCACUUACAUCACUUACACUGACCGUUGCUUUAUAUCAGGAAUGGGACAGGGGAAAUAUUUCCUUUCAGGAUAGAUUUCCUCCCAUUUGUAUGAAGUAAAAGGGAAGAUUUCGUAGAAGUUUUGUGAAGAAGUCUCCCGGACAGUGCUUUUCAGUUGAGGAGUGCCAUUAGUGUUUAGCAUGACUGGAGGAAGAUGUGCUUCAGUAUACACAGCAGUACAAAGGUCAGCUGGGUCCACAGGUCCAGUAAUGUCCAGCUAACCUGGUGUGGAGCCAGCAAUCAAACAUACAUACUGGAUUUUGAAAUCUACGUCUGUUGGUCAUCAGACGUCUAAUCCUGAUUAGAAUCAGCUGUGCCUAUGGCCGUUACAUCAGCUGAUCAUCACAGAGUGGUCAUCUAAGAACAGCUGAUAGGGCGGAUGCUUAGCUGGAUUCUUCAGCCCUGGUUGUGAAUACGUAUACAUCAUAUACAUUGGUGUAUGGAUAUUACAUAAAUUUAUCUUGUGACACAUGAGAUUUUUGUGAUGACUUCCACUUUUGGGUAGGUGCUUUUUAUCCCAGAUUUUUUAAAGAUGUGUCAUCAACUUUAAAUAUUAUUAAUAGCCAAAACACUUUCCGUAUAAACUGUGUUCAAAGAAUUGGGCCAAAAGAAUUUUUUUUUAACUGGCAUGACAACAAUGUCACGAGUGUUGUUAUUUUUUACCUGGUGAAAGUGAUGUGCAAUAUUGGAACUGUUUUGUUGUAGAAUUGGAUUAAUUGUUGAGACAGGGCUUAGAAAACCUGCAUUGUUCAUCAGUAACUGUUGAACAUUUGUUAUUGUUGCAGAAUCAACGGGAAGUGCUAUAUUCAAUCAAGUCAUUUGUUAUCAAUAUUUGAAUUUUAUUGAAACGUUAUUAGGAUUUUUUAAAAGAAAAAACUGGAUUAUUUUAGGAAGUUUACAUUUUGGAUUUGUGCAAUAAGUUUUCGUGGAUGUUUCUGUUAAACUACGGAACCUACAAUGAUAUUGAAUUGAACUUUUGAGGAUAUAUAGACCAUUUCAAACUUUGCUGAAUUCCUGUGAGAGGGUUUGAUUUUGUGGAUAUAUAACGGAGAAUCACGAUUGGAAUUACAUGACACAUUUAAAAGUUACCUCAUAUAGAUACCUGGGUAGAAACACAAGCCGUGCCCAUGGUUCACGAGGGAAAGGAUAAUCACAACCUUGAGGACAUGAAUAACAGUGUGGUAGAUGAGCGACUGUUGAGCAACCGUGGUCAUUGGUUAAAACAGGAGCAGGAAUACUACAAACAAGCAAUGAGACUCAAACGCCAGCUGUCCAAAGCGCGCCAUGAUCCUAGUAUGGUGUAUCGGGAGCUGACCGGAGCGGCUGCCGAUCAGCUUGACAGGAUGGCCGACGCCCUGCAGCAGCAGCAGGAAAUGGCCGCCAUGCAGAACCGUAUCCCAAACUCCUUCCGGGAGCCCACUACUGCACCGCUCCGAAAACUCAGCGUUGACCUGAUCAAAACAUACAAGCAUAUUAAUGAAGUUUACUAUGCAAAGAAGAAGCGACGUGCUGCUCAGGGAGCUCAAGGGGACGAAAGCAGUCACAAGAAAGGCAAGGUCAACAUACACGCGUAUAACGACGGCUAUGAUGACGCCAAUCACGACUAUAUUGUCAACCCUGGGGAGAAAUGGCUAGAAAGAUAUGAGAUAGACUCGCUAAUCGGCAAAGGUUCCUUCGGACAGGUGGUAAAGGCGUAUGACCACACUGACCAGGAGCAAGUAGCCAUCAAGAUUAUCAAGAACAAAAAGCCUUUCCUUAACCAGGCCCAGAUAGAGGUCAAACUUCUAGAACUUAUGAAUAAACAUGACAGGGAAAACAAGUAUUAUAUAGUGAAACUCAAGAGACAUUUCAUGUUCAGGAAUCACCUUUGUCUUGUGUUCGAACUUCUUUCUUACAAUUUGUAUGACUUAUUACGGAACACCAAUUUCCGUGGAGUCUCGUUAAAUUUGACUCGAAAGUUUGCUCAACAACUGUGUACGGCGUUGCUAUUUUUAGCAACUCCUGAGCUAAACAUUAUACAUUGUGACCUUAAACCUGAAAACAUUCUGUUGUGUAAUCCGAAACGAAGUGCAAUCAAGAUCGUGGAUUUUGGUAGUUCCUGUCAACUAGGUCAACGGAUAUACCAAUAUAUACAGAGCCGGUUUUACCGAUCGCCGGAAGUACUACUGGGUAUCCCCUACGAUCUGGCUAUAGACAUGUGGUCACUAGGUUGUAUACUGGUGGAAAUGCACACGGGAGAACCGCUGUUUGCUGGCUCUAACGAGUUUGACCAAAUGAUGAAGAUUGUCGAGGUUCUUGGUAUGCCUCCUAAAAAUCUACUGGAUCAGGCUCCGAAAGCUCGUAAAUAUUUCGACCAGUUACCAGAUGGAACCUACAUAUGCAAGAAGUCAAAAGAUGGCAAAAAGUACAAACAGCCUGGAUCUCGGAAGCUCCACGAGGUAAUAGGAGCAGAGACAGGCGGGCCAGGGGGACGUAGAGCGGGGGAACCCGGACACAAUGUGGCCGACUACCUUAAGUUCAAAGAUCUUAUCCUCCGGAUGCUUGAAUUUGAACCAAAAACGAGGAUAACGCCAUAUUAUGCUCUUCAACACAAUUUCUUUAAGAAAACAACGGACGAAAGCACUAACACGCCAAACAGUGCAUCCAACAGUCCCGCUAUGGAACAACAGCAUGUGUCAAGUCCGACAGUAGGUUCGUCGACGAGUGGGAGGGCUCGGUCUGACCCAACACACCAACAUCACUCCCAGCUUCACUCUCAUUCACACUCUGCCCAUCAGGGUCAAGGAGUUCAAUACCCUAAUAUGGAGUGUGAGAGUCCAGCAUCAGGGCCGCCCCAGGUAGUUCCCACAUAUCAACAGCCGCCCGGCACUCAGAAUUGGGCACCAGCGAGUGACGGCCGUUCCCAUAGGCACCACUCUCAUCACCACUCGUCUCGGCAACACCAAUCUCCUCCGCAGUUGCCACCAAGUGGCACAGCACCGCAAAUGGUGGCACAGCAUAACGCACCACAGCCGCAGAUGCAACAAGCCAUACUGCUUGGAUCGGUCGGAUAUCCCAGCAACUCUAGCAACUUCACAUCGUCACGGACUACGUACCCUGCUACAGCGGGGAUGGCCGUCGACCUAACAACCAACCUUCAAGGUCACGGUCACCCGCAGGUGAUACAUAAUGACCCCGCCCAGCUCCCGGCUGUUAACAUGGCGGGUUAUCCUUCCUCCCAGUACGGCCAGUAUUCACAACAAACCUGGCCAACGGCAGGAUUUAACUUCUCCAUACAGACUAGUACAAACGCUAACAAUCCCGGCCAUGACGCGAACAGCCAACACUCGCGCACGGCCACAGAGCGUGGAGAGGACUCACCCAUGCAUGGAGUUGUGGUACAACAAAGCCCUGUGGCUAGUCAUUGAUGGUACGCCAAGUCUUAGUGUAUUUUUUCUCAUUUAGAGUCUUGCAGUGGCUAGAAGAAAUAGUUGGAUUGCAGCUAUUGAUGCAAAAACAGGAAUGAGAAAUGUAUUUGUUGUGGUGGACAUACUGUGAGUAGGGUUUGUUGUUUUCUGUUCCGUGGAAUAGAAAUAUCUUCAUAUGGAGAUAUAUGUCACUGCAAGAGCAGCUAGCCAGUCGCCUAACAGCCUUUGUCGUUGUUGUGUUCCGUUGCAAGCCGCUGUCGUCGUCAUGAGCGCUAUUUGCCGCUGCUGGCAGAGCUCUGCGCGUCCAUAAGAAAACUGGUAUCUACAGAAGAUGCUAGUUGGUCGGAGUCUGGAACUGAAAACUUUGGAAAUGAUCCACACGACCAAAUGUUGAUCAUCUGUGUAACAAAGCACAGAGGAGCUUGACUAACCCAGGAGCCUGUGAUCCCGUACAUGGGAGGGAAAGCACUGUGAUACAACGGGAGCCUUGUAUGAUUACAUACAUUGUCGACUGUGAUACAAUUCCUGGGCGCUGGUGAAUCCGAUCAAAUAAGACCCCAGCUUGUGCUGGCCGAGUUCAAAGGUCACUCCAACCUUCAACUCGCCUUUAUCCAAAAUCAUGACAGAAAGAUCCGAUUCAGUGCUUCAUCUUGGAUGUAAUCUAUAGGUCAAAGGUCAUGGUUAACAAAUUAAAGCUGUCCGUGGGAUUUGAGGCGGAGGAAAUGUUAAUGAGGAAGAAGUGUUGAGCAGCAUUUCAUUUUCGUGAAAAUGAUGUUAAUUGUGGUCCAUUGUCACUAUUGUUGUCAGUAGUGUGUUCUAAACAAGGGCAAUCAACUCUACCAUUCCACUGAGAAACUGUGGCUUAUUAUCCACCGAGCUCAGGCGUCUACAAUCUUUUGCCAAACAAAAACCACCCAUCUAAGUCUUUAAAGGUCUCAUUUGUUUCUUUGUACUCUAUUUAUCCUCAAAUUAGCCCCCGCUUCUAGGUUAAAAUUAUGGUAAAAGUUUGGGGAGGGCUAAUUUGUGAAAAACUUUAUUUUUUUUUAUUUUUUUUUAUCUAUGAUUCUACAAAAAUGAGAAAGGGGACUUAUAUAUAUAAUUAUUUGUGGGCUGGGGCUUAUUUGCGGAUAAAUAUAGUAUUUUAAUUUUAAGAUAAUUACAAAAAUGAGAGAGAGAAAAGAAAACUGAUGUUUUGUGUUUAUUCAAAUGUGUGAAAGUCACUUUUAACAUUCAUUUUAGAUAUAUUAAAGAUAAUUUCAUUAAAAUUUUAUGUUGACAUUUAAAAAAAAAAUUAAUCGGGGGAGAAAACUGUGGAUUGUUUGGACAAAAUUGUUAAUACAUGUAGUUGAAUCGUAUUGGAAACGUCGUGGGAAACAGAGAAUUUAUUCAUGCCUUAGUGGCCAGUGUUGAACACAGAAGGAAGAAAAAAGACUUCUCUAAAUGUUGUUGACCAAAUAUGGCAAUAUAUAUAUAAAACACAUAAAAUCAAAUAUAUAUAUGAUGUGUUUGUAUGAUUGACGAUUCUUCGGAGAGGAAAGCCAUGAUGUGUUGAGGUAAUGGAAAUUGACAACCAAAAAAAAACAAAACCAUUAACUAAUGUGAUACAGUGUUGAUAUGUAUAACAUAUCUACAUAAGGUUUGACAUUGAAACGGACAAAUGUUGAAAUUUUGGUGUUAUACACCACUGUAGAGUGACGGGAGUUGUUCGUCAUGUACAGUGGUCCGAGAAAUAAUGGGAGUAUUUCAUAUAAUGUAAUGAUAUACAAAGUUUGUAAAUGUUUGUUUAAUCUUAUUUAUUGAGAAAAUGAAAGCGAAUUUUACAGUUGUUUCUAUCACCUGUUAAAUGGAUUGUGAGAGAUGCGAGUCGUAUUAUUCUUUGUUACAGAGAGAGACAUGUUUGUAUACAAUAGGAAUUUAUCCAUUUUAUUGAUCUAUAUUAAACUGUAUCAUAUCCACUACUGUGCGUUUACAUAUGUAAUCAAGACAUGGGAGGGGGACGAAUUACACUUGUAUGAAACAUAAUUAGCAGUUUUAGCAGUAAAAUUUGUUUGGAGGAAAAAGAAUUUAUUAGUAUUAACUAUUAUGGUUACUACAAUAUUAGCAGUCAAAUUUGAUUGGAGGAAAAAUAAUUUACCAGGUGAUUUGAUUGGAGGAAAAAUAUUUAGGACUACACUUAACAAUACAGUUGAAAUUGAUUGGAGGAAAAUAAUUCAUAAGAAAUAUACACUUUUGGAGUUAGAGGGAGAUUAUAUGAGAAUUUUUAGAUUAGAAAUAAAUGGAAGAGAAUUAGUUUUUUUUUUUUUUUUUUUUUCCAGUGUUAUAGAUGUGGUAAAAUACAAAAAUGACAUAAAACAAUCAUGCAUUUGUCAGUAAGCCUAGGAUUGGCUUCCUACAAAAUUUGUGAUGGUUAGAACUACAAAAUAUUAGAGGUUGCAUCAUAUGUGAAGUUUCUUAUCAUAUAUGGGGAGUAGAACAGGCAAAAUUACCUCAUCAAUUGAUUUGAUCCUUAGGUUUUUAUCAAUUUUGUUUUCUCGCUUUAUCAGAUAUAUAUAAACAGAAGUAUGAUCUCCUAAAUUUUCUUUUUUUUUUUUACUGGUUUUACAGUCGAAAACAGCCUGUUCAACCUAGCUAAAUGUAUUAUUUUCCCCAGAAAGAAGGGGACAAGAAUCAGCUGAAAAACAUUCUCAGAGCAUUUUACUCUCCAGUCAAAGGGACAUAAUUUUCAUUUUAAAAGUUGAAAGAUGGUUUCAUAAUUCAAAAGUGGAAGGGAGAUGAUUUUUAAUCUGCAUGUACUUUUGUUUUCUGAUAGAGUUGCAUGUAAUUAAUUAAUGAACUAUACAAUAGAUCUUCAUUUUCAUAGUAUUGUUGACAAAAAAUACAUGCAUUAUUUCUAACUAAAUGAAUUGCAGGUAAUUCACACUCAUAAUUUUUAACAGGGAAAAGUUCAUAAGUGCGAUAUUGUGUGUGAAAUUCAAAGGGAUAUUUUAAAUACCAAGGUAUAUAUACCAAACCUAAGUUCCAACUUUAAGGUGCCAAAUAUGUUUAUUGCCAAAUUCUUUCUAACAUUAGCUACCUGUUUUUUUUUUUUUUUUUUUUUACAAUAUGCAAAGACAGCCUAUUGAUAAUUGACAAUCUGGCGUUCAGUUUCUACCAAGUUAUUAUUGACAGAAAUGUGUCAGAAGAACUCUUUGAAAUACCUCGCUCAGAGGUGCAUGGUCUCGGUUUAACCAAAUUACAUCAAAAUCAUCAAAAAUUACCUUCUCUAAUUUUUACUAACACUUUAAAUAUUUGAAAGGUAAAACAAAUUUGAACAUAAUUAUGAAAGUUUUUUCUCUGUACAAUUUCAAGUGUUUUUGACUUUGAAAUUUCGAAGUUUUUCUAUCAAAGUGCAUAAUUUCAAACUUCAAGAAUUUCAAAAUUAACAAUAAAGAUGAUGCAAGAAGAACAUCUCUUAGAAAUUUUAGCCAGAGGACAAUAAUCAAAAGUCUGUAGAAUGCAUAGAUAUAGGAACACAAGUUCCACCUUUCAUCUUUUAAUACUUAUUUUUAACUGCAAAUUCGGAAAUUUUCAAAAUUAAUAAGUUUAUAAAAAAAACAAAAUAACAGCAUGUUUUUAAUAUCCAUACUUCUGUAUCUUAUUGAGUAACUAAUGCUGAUCCUUACAAGAGAGUGUGUGAGUGAGAAAACUGUUUAUAAGUGAAGAUUUUAUCAUUUUAGCAUAUAGAUGGAUCCAGAACUUCAUUGUUACCCCUAGGUUCGCUUCUCACGAUUUCCUGUCUAAGGGGGGUAACUCUGUGGUCACCAUGUGUCCUCUGGUAGUUUACCUCCCUAAAAUCUCUCUCUAUCUCUCUCUCCUCUCUGCCAGUUUGAGUUUUUAACAUGUAGCCACAACAUUCUAAAGGGGUGACCAGGUUCAUUUAUUUUGUACAAAGUUCAUUGUAAGUAUCCAAUCACUCGCAUCAUUAAACUGUCACAGGACGACAA